AACCCAAGUCAUGUUAGAUGCAACAGGGGGCAAGAUCUGAUGCGGAUGUAACAUGGGAGGAUCAACAGAAUAUCAACAAAUUCGGAAGGUUGAAUAAUCGCUUUCGCGAUCUUGAAGAUGACAUCAAAAUCGCUAAGGAAACAAAUGAUAAUUUGGAGGAUGCAAGCAAUGAGUUGAUUCUCACAGAUGAAGAGGAAGUUCGAUUUCAAAUAGGGGAGGUUUUUGCUCAUGUGCCAAAGGAUGAAGUUGAGAACAGGAUAGAACAAAUGAAAGAGGUGACAAGCCAGAAAUUGGAAAAGCUUUUAGAGGAGAAAGAAUCUGUGCUUGCUCAGAUGGCUGAACUUAAGAAAAUUUUGUACGGGAAGUUUAAGGAAUCCAUCAAUCUUGAGGAGGAUUAAUAGCUUUCUUCUUGUUGGUUUCAAGGUUUUUUGUACGGUACCAUUGGAUUUUUUUUUUUUUUUCAGUGGUCUCUUUUAAUUUAUUUUUGGUAUCUUGCUUUUCAUUUGUUCCCUUCUCCCUUUUGCCUUCAUUUGGCUUCUUGCUUCU